AUGAUUCGAGUGGCCAUCGCCCUGUCUCUAGGCCUCCUGACAACGGCUUUCGCAGACCAAUGCUUCUUCCCCGAUGGCUCUGACUCGACGGACGUUCCAUGCAACAGCUCGGCCACGCAUUCCGCUUGCUGUGCGAGUACAUCCUACCGUCUGAGCAAUGGCGUUUGCUUGUCCAGCGGCAUCCUGAGCCGUGGCUCGUGUACCGAUCAAAGCUGGGAUGCGGACGGGUGCGGGCAGUAUUGCACGAACUAUAAUACUGGCGGCGGGUAUGCGAUCAUGGCAUGCACGAAUACGACCUUUACCUGCAGGUUCAAUCCGGACAAGUGUUCGGUGACUUCUUCUGUCUUCACUAUGAAGGACAUGGAUACGAUUGUGUUGAAGUCUGAUCAAUUGACUUCUGCGAUGGAGCUUGCUGGAGUUGAUACUGGGAGUUCGAGCACCGACAGUGACAGUACCUCAUCGACAUCAGUCCCGGUGGUCACAGUCACAGCGACGGGCGCUGCGUCGCCAGACAGCGCCAAGGGAUACACGUCAGGGCAAAUGGCCGGUGUUGGCGCGGGCGUAGGCGUCCCUCUGCUGCUCGCGAUCGGGGCUCUAUCCUGGCUCCUCAUUCUCGAGAAGAAGAAGUCUCACACCGACCAGCCGCAUUUCCAUCCUCUCCAGAGCCCCGAAGAGACAGGACACACCAAUACCUGGACAGCGUGGAACCAACCGACGUACGGCGGCGGCGGGCAGCAGAGAAUGCCCUCAGAACUGAACAACGAGCAAGUCGUCGAGAUCGGCACGGAGCAUCGUCUGGCGGAGUUGGAGCCGAAGUAUCGAGCGUAA